AUGUUUAGAAACAACUACGAUAACGAUUCCGUCACCUAUUCACCUACGGGUCGUCUCUUCCAGGUUGAAUAUGCCUUGGAAGCAAUUAAACAGGGAAGUGCCGCCGUGGGAAUUGCCUCUUCCACUCACGUUGUUCUAGUGGCCUUGAAGAGAAACGUCGAGGAAUUGGGCAGCUAUCAAAAGAAAAUCAUCAAGGUUGACGACCACAUGGGCAUUGCCUUGGCUGGUUUGGCCCCAGAUGCCCGUGUUUUGUCCAAUUACUUGAGAAAGCUUGCGAUGAACUCCAAACUCGUUUUCAACAGACCUUUGCCCACAUCUAAAGCAGUUUUGCUGAUUGCCGACAAGGCUCAGGAAAACACACAGCUGUACGGCUCCAGACCUUACGGUGUAGGUUUGCUUGUUGCCGGAUGGGAUGAGACUGGUGCUCACUUAUAUGAAUUUCAGCCAUCUGGGUCCGUGUUGGAGUACUUUGGCACAGCUAUUGGUGCCCGCUCCCAGGCCGCCAGAACAUAUUUGGAACGUAACUUGGAGACUAUACGCUCUUGCGAUCAAAUUGAAGACCUCAUUGUCCAUGGUUUGAGUGCCUUGAGAGAUACUUUAUCUCAGGAUAUGGAAUUGACCAUUCGCAACACCACUGUCAGUGUGGUUGGUAAAGAUAAGUCUUUCACGGUUUAUGACGACGAGGAUGUUCAACAAUGGUUGAGUAAACUCGAUUCCACAUCUAACACGAGGAAUAACGAGGAUGACGACAAUGAUGACAACGCCGAGGCUGGUGAAACAAAUGAGGCUGCCACUGAGGGCGAGAGCGCUCCUGCUGCUGAAGGUGAAAACGAAGACGCACCUGCUGCUGAGGAAGAUAGAAUGGAUACUGAUUGA